GUCUCGCUUGUUUCCUUUGCAAAUAUCUCUCUCUUCUCUUGUUUGUUUUUAUCUGCACUUUCUUUUUACCAUUUUGGGAUAUGAAGAUGACCGUGCAACAGUUCCACAACAGCUCCUGUUGUCACCAAGAAAAUAAUGGCUUGUCCAAUUGCUACAGCAUAUAUUCACCUUCCAGCUCAUCAAUGGAGGUGUUAAAACACAUGGAUUCUCUUUCUAUUACUCCAACCCAUCAUGUUUAUUCUUCACAAAAUAUUUGUUACUGUGGUGACAAUAUUCCUGUGAAGGGUCACAUGGGGAUUUCAUAUGUGAUCAACUGUCCUUGUAGCUUGGAAGAGGAUGCCCGAAACUGUGAGGUAGGUGAUCAUUUUUCUAAGGGUUCUGAAUCUAUUGAUGAGUUUGGAGAAAACAAUGCUGCAGUUUCCAUGGAGGAUAUAAGGAGAAGAAUCUGUAUGAAUGAAGGUAACCCUGGUGAUUGUUUUCUCAGUGGGAAGGAUGUUGGGCAGUCUAAGGUUUGUGCUAGAGGGCAUUGGAAACCUGCCGAGGACUCUAAACUCAAGGAACUUGUUGCACUUUAUGGACCUCAAAACUGGAAUCUUAUAGCUGAGAAGUUGCAAGGAAGAACAGGUAAAAGUUGUAGAUUGAGGUGGUUUAAUCAACUUGACCCGAGGAUCAACAAAAAGGCUUUUAGUGAAGAGGAAGAAGAGAGGCUGAUGACAGCUCAUAAAGCAUAUGGUAACAAAUGGGCGAUGAUUGCUAGGCUUUUCCCCGGGAGAACUGAUAAUGCUGUCAAAAACCAAUGGCAUGUUAUAAUGGCAAGGAAAUACAGGGAGCAGGCUAGUGCCUAUAGAAGGAGAAAGCUAAGUCAAGCUAUUCAAAGAAAGAUGGAAGAAAAUGGGAACCUUAACUGCAGAGAGGCGGCUAAUGGCAACAACACAAACUCCCCUAAAAACCCAUCUGUUGGGUCUAACGGCUCUUACAACAAGACUUCAAGGAAAGGAGCUGCGACCUGUGUUAGAGAUUUGUUUCUUGGGUCCAAGAGCCACAACUCUUUUUCUCCUGGGGAAGGAGCUUGUAGAAAUCAGACACCCUUAGAUUUCUUUUCUGAUUACAUUAGACCAGAAAGAUUCAGAUGGAACAGUAGGCAAUGCAAUAUGCUCCACGACGAAACAACCUUGACUGUUUCCCAUCCAUAUUCUCAUCCUUCACAGAUGUUAAUGCAGCAAUCAAGUAACCAUCAGCUAUCUGGUUUCUCAGACUCCAUAGCAUCAGCACCUCAGGUCACAGUCACCGAAACAUCAUCAUCAUCACCAACAGCUGCAGAGAAGGCAGCAGCAAGCCGUUUGGAGACUACUGCAUCACCACCACCCUUUAUAGAUUUUCUUGGAGUAGGAGCUUCAUAAAGAACAAGGCUUUCCAAACCUGGUAAAUGGAUUUAGAACUAAAAAGAGUGUCCAAAGAAUAGCUCAGACGUCAAUGCAGGGCAAAGAGAAAGGAUUUAUUUCUAGAUUAAUAAGGAUUCAGAAGCAGCCCUUAUUAUCAUCAGCAUCUCUGUCCUUGUAACCAUUCCCACCAAAUCCAACAGUUGAACCGGUGAACUAGUACUCUUUUUCAGUCUAACAGUGUUCCUGUUUCUUUCUUUCUUUCUUUAUUUCAAUUUCUUCUUUUUAUAAGAAGGAAAGAAUUAAUGUAGAAAUUAUGGUCAUCCAUGGAAACUAAAAUGAAAAAGAAAAAGAAAAACUGAA